GGAAGACUUGCAAACUCGCUGCUGAUUGGUUGCUGUGCCGGACAUAUAAAAAGUUCCGUUAAGCAGGUUCCUUCCUUUCCCUUCUCAUACCGGCAAAGCUGACCGUCCUUCGCCAACUGUCUGUCCCAAAACAACAUCUCAAGUCAAUUUAAGUUCAACAAAUCGGAAACAUGUCUAAGGGACCGGCAGUUGGGAUUGAUCUUGGAACCACCUACUCCUGUGUGGGUGUCUUCCAGCAUGGCAAAGUUGAGAUCAUUGCCAACGACCAGGGCAACAGGACCACACCCAGCUAUGUGGCCUUCACAGACAGCGAGAGGCUGAUUGGAGAUGCAGCCAAGAAUCAGGUUGCCAUGAACCCCACCAACACAGUCUUUGAUGCCAAACGACUGAUUGGCCGGAGGUUUGACGAGAAUGUUGUGCAGUCAGAUAUGAAGCACUGGCCUUUCAAUGUCAUCAAUGACAACAGUCGCCCCAAGGUCCAAGUUGAAUACAAGGGUGAAUCCAAGUCCUUCUUUCCCGAAGAGAUUUCUUCAAUGGUGCUGACAAAGAUGAAGGAGAUUGCUGAAGCCUACCUCGGAAAAACUGUCACCAAUGCUGUAAUCACAGUACCUGCCUACUUCAACGACUCUCAGCGCCAGGCCACAAAGGAUGCCGGUUUGAUCUCUGGCCUCAAUGUUCUGCGUAUCAUCAAUGAGCCAACUGCAGCUGCUAUUGCUUAUGGACUGGACAAGAAGGUUGGAUCAGAGAGGAAUGUUCUCAUCUUUGAUCUUGGUGGUGGUACCUUCGAUGUGUCCAUCUUGACCAUUGAGGAUGGUAUCUUUGAGGUCAAGUCCACUGCUGGAGAUACUCAUCUUGGUGGGGAGGACUUUGACAACCGCAUGGUCAAUCACUUCAUCACAGAGUUCAAGCGCAAGUACAAGAAGGACAUCAGCGACAACAAGAGGGCUGUCCGUCGUCUGCGCACUGCUUGUGAGAGGGCGAAGCGUACCCUGUCUUCCAGCACCCAGGCCAGCAUCGAAAUCGACUCCCUGUACGAGGGAGUUGACUUCUACACCUCCAUCACCAGAGCUCGCUUUGAGGAGCUCAACAAUGACCUCUUCCGCGGCACCCUGGAACCAGUGGAGAAGUCGCUCCGUGACGCCAAGAUGGACAAGGCUCAGAUUCACGACAUUGUCCUGGUCGGUGGCUCCACUCGUAUCCCCAAGAUCCAGAAACUGCUCCAGGACUUCUUCAAUGGAAAGGAGCUCAACAAGAGCAUCAAUCCAGAUGAAGCUGUUGCCUACGGAGCUGCUGUCCAGGCUGCCAUCCUGUCUGGAGACAAGUCUGAGAAUGUGCAGGACCUUCUGCUUCUUGACGUCACCCCUCUGUCCCUGGGUAUUGAGACAGCCGGAGGCGUCAUGACUGUCCUGAUCAAACGUAACACCACCAUUCCUACCAAGCAGACCCAGACCUUCACCACCUACUCUGACAACCAGCCUGGUGUGCUCAUCCAGGUUUAUGAGGGUGAGCGUGCCAUGACAAAGGACAACAACCUGCUGGGCAAGUUUGAGCUGACGGGCAUCCCUCCUGCCCCACGUGGUGUUCCCCAGAUUGAGGUGGCAUUUGAUAUUGAUGCCAACGGCAUCAUGAAUGUCUCUGCAGCUGAUAAGAGCACUGGCAAGGAGAACAAGAUCACCAUCACCAAUGACAAGGGUCGCCUCAGCAAGGAGGACAUUGAACGUAUGGUAAACGAAGCAGAGAAAUACAAGGCUGAGGAUGAUGUGCAGCGUGACAAAGUGUCAGCCAAGAACGGCCUGGAGUCCUAUGCAUUCAACAUGAAGUCUACAGUGGAGGAUGAGAAGCUUGCAGGCAAAAUCAGUGACGAGGACAAGCAGAAGAUCUUGGACAAGUGCAACGAGGUCAUCAGCUGGCUCGACAAGAACCAGACUGCCAACAAGGAUGAGUAUGAGGAUCAACAGAAGGAGCUCGAGAAGGUGUGUAACCCCAUCAUCACCAAGCUGUACCAGAGUGCUGGAGGCAUGCCCGGUGGUAUGCCUGAAGGCAUGCCCGGUGGCUUCCCUGGCGCUGGUGGUGCUGCCCCCGGUGGUGGUGGAUCCUCCGGACCCACCAUUGAGGAGGUCGACUAAACAUUCCGUCUCAUCUGCGGCUACCUCUGAGUGUUUUCAAAGAAAGUAACCCUCUUAUAGCACAAGUUACAUCAAGCUAAAGAGUGCAAUUUAAUAGAAGUAAAAACAGGGUUCAGGGAUCACGUUUGCAACUCAACUGGAAGAACUUGUAGUUGGCACUUUAUGUGUUUUGUAUGAGAUGUCACUACCUUGACAAUAAAUCUUCUAACCCUC